AUGGCUGCCACAAAAACUUGGAACUGCGAUGACUAUUUCAGUGUGGACAAACUAAAGGAGUGGCCAGAGCCGGAGUCUGUUUCUUUAAUGGAGGUAUUAGCUCGAGAAGACAUUGAUGAAGCUGUGCAUGCAAUAUUAUUCCGAGAAAACUACAUCGUGAAGAGAAUGGAUACAUACAUUCAGCAUCAGGCUGUUUUUAAGGAAAGAAGAAAAGAGAUGUUACAUAAGAAAUGGGUUGAAAAUGUAGUGCGGCCUCUUCAGCAGAGAAUUAUAGAAAAGGUGAUUUCAUAUAGAAGACCUGGACAAAGUCAAGUGAAAUAUGAAUACUGCCUAAAGCACAUGGAUCAAACGAUGAAAGCCGCUCCGAUGUGUGAGUGUCUAUUCCGAAGACAGCAAGAGCUCCGCGAAGCUAAAGGAACCCUCUACCAACACCGCACAGGGAAACAGAACGACACGCAAAAAGAACCUAAAGGAAUCAAGAAGGCUCCCCUCUUCAGCAGAUCACCCAAGUUCAUGCUCACUUCCCAUGGCAUCGUUCCCAAAGAGAGGCAGAGAGCCUCUGCCCACCCUGUGUGGAAUAAGCCCAGUCUGUGCAGUUCUGAAAAGUUUGUCUGUACAUCCAAGUCACAUCUGCCUCAGGAAGAGAAGACCUGCAACAUAAGCCAGAUUGUCUUUGAAAGGCAGUUCCGUUCCUCUAAGCUCAGCCCGAAGAAGAAAGAGGCCGAGAAGAAGGGUCCGGUUUCAGGGACCCGACCACAGAGACCACGCUCCUGGGCAGCAGCAGACAGCCACCAUUCUCAGGGGCCACCCACUGUGGGAAGAAGGGUGAUGACCGCAGAGCUCCUGGGGAAGCACCUGGCCUCCCUGCAGGGGGCAGCCAGGUCGGGCCUCCAGUGGGCAUAG